GUGACGCUUCGGCGCUCCGGAGUGCGGCUUCUCUCGAAGAACAAUUAUAAAAUAUAGUUACUUUGGCGCGGACAAGUCGUCCUCCUUGGAUCUGUGAGGGAUAAAAGAAGAAACAAACAGAAGCCUGGAGACAUUUGUGGUUUUAUCGCGCAUAAUAAUCCAUUCCGUGCGCUCCUCUCGCGUGUUGCGCACUUAUUUUUUUACACGUUUUUAUUUAUUUUCUCUGCUGUUGUUGUUAUUCUGAUACAAAACCACUGCCGUGUCUGCAGAUGUCUCUGUGAACACUGGUCAGUGUCUCCUACGGAAGAAGGAUUUCUGGAGAAAAACCCAAGGCCGAUCUGGAGAUGAGGAACCAGAGGAAACAAGCCGGACUGUGCUUCAUGCCGGAUCGAUGGAAGACGUUGACCUGUGUGGGGUUUCUUCUGAUGAUAGCUGCGCAUUUCCCGAAUCCUGCAGCUGGUCAGCAGGGGUUCACGGUGAACGUUACUCAGAAGGUCAUCCAGGCAGAGGAGCAGGAAAACGUCUCGCUGACGCUGCUUUUCCCCUCGGACCCCGACGGACCCCCUCCACCACUGCACCUGAACCUGAUGUGCCCCAAAACUGUGCGGAGUGUCUACAACUACGACAGUUAUCCUGAGGCCAGGGAGUACGUCCAUAACGACUACCGUGGCCGUCUGUGGUGUUUCAAGUUCCCCUCUGAAGGCCGGGUGGAGUGUUCCAUCUCUGACCUGAGGCUGAGCGACUCGGGCAGAUACGUCUGCAUCAUCGUUGCUGGCGACAAAAGCAACUCCACCAGUUUUGAUCUCGUGGUUACAGCCGUCCAACAUCCGCCUGAUGAUGAGAAACUGGAGCCGCCAAGCCGGAGCCGGAUGGGGAUUUAUGUAUGUUCUGGUUUGUGUUUGACAGUUGCUAUUGUUGCUCUUUUAAUACGUUGUCACACUUUUAAGCCUUCCCGUGAGGACAGUCAGUGUUAAAGGGUCCAGGUUUUCAGAUUUAGGUUUGGAAACUACACAUUUCUUAAAGGUGCCUUAAGGAGUUUGAACGUUUUAUGCGAAACAGCGCCCCCAGCAGGUCUUGGGCGUAAUGCAGCUUAGUGAAAAACUCGUGCCUGUGGCUCGCGUGCACAGAA